ACAUUACAAACUACAACAUGAAGUUAUCAAACGUUGUUAUUGGAUUGUCUGCUGCUGCAGUUGCUUCAGCUGCUGAUGAACAAACUAGAGAAGUUGUAACUGUUACUGUCACUGGUACUACCCAAACUCACGUUUGGGGAAGAUUUGACCAUACUUCUAGACCUCAACCAAGUCCAGAAACCGGUACCCACAGAUGGGGUAGAUUCGACCAUACUUCUAGACCUCAACCAGCUGCUGAAACUGGUACUCACAGAUGGGGUAGAUUCGACCACACUUCCAGAACACAACCAGCUGCUGAAACCGGAACUCACAGAUGGGGUAGAUUUGACCACACCAAGGGUCCAACCACCACCACCGUUUUCGUUCAACCAACUGACCACAAUGAUGAUGCUCUUUUCGUUCAAGAAAGAGAUGUUGCCAAUGUUACUAACGGCACUAACCAUACCACCUCUCAAGCUGGUUCUGCUGCCUCUGUUGGAAUUAACUUUGGUAUUGCCGGUGCUCUUGCUGUUGGUGUCGCUUUAAUCGUUUAAGCAUAAUACCUAUUUGUUUCAUAACUACGUUUUAUUACUAAAUUUUGUUUGGUUAUUAUAAUACCAAUUUCAUGUGUUUUUGCCAAUUUAUUAAUAGAGUAAUUAAAGGGCAUUACAUUUUUUUCAUUUGUUUUAUAUAAAGGAAUAUACAAUAUCAUUUAUUCGAGAAUAGCAAGACCCGAUCCUUAAAACUAGAUGUGGAUGUAGUUUUUGCUGGAAUUAAAUAAAGCAGAGAAAGUUGUUACUAGUAAGUUUCUACCUGGAGCAACACAGCUUUGCUAAUAAAAUUAACCACACUGUCAAUUAGACUAAUCUUCAGAACUUUUGGCACCAACUAUUAGUAAUUUUACUGUUUCGUACCUAUCGCAAAAAAAACUGUCAUGACGACAAGAAAAUCUCUUGACUUUCAAGUAAGCACAACCAUGCAGAGCCCGUCUCCUUAAAUAUUACCCAUUUACUGAUUCCAAAAAUUUAUAAUUUAUUGACUCAUGUUAGAGUUAAUUGUAGUUAUGACUUGCCUAGUUAUGUAAACUUUUGAUAAGAUGGAACUAUACUUUUCAUUUCCCAUCCCCUGCCAUCAUCACCACAACAAACCCAACCAGGAUUCUGCAGUUGAAAUAGUAUGAAUAUAGAAAUAAACACAAUUCACAAGUUAUUGGAAAUACUACCGCUUCUUGAUUAAAAAUUUCUCAAUGAAUGUUGGAAGAAGACAUAUGUACUAUUUGAAUCUGUUUCAUUAGCAAUAUUUCUGACCCAUUGCAAAAGCUUCACUGUUAUAUUAGAGAUGUAUUUAUUUCUAAUCAAAUGAAAAUCCUUGACUAGUCCAAUUCUGGAAACAAAAAUAACUGAAUCCAAACUCCUAAGGAGUGGGACUCGCGAUUUAGUUGUCAACCU